AUGAUUGCUUUAACCUUGGUUGUUGUUAUUCUCGUCGUGUUUUAUUACUAUAAUACAAGGACUUUCAAAUAUUGGCAUGAAAGAGGUAUAAAACAUGAUAAGCCUAUCCCAAUGUUUGGAAAUAACUUACAAAAUUACCUGAUGCAAAAGAGUGUGACUCAAGUUGCAGUGGACAUGUACUGGAAAUAUUCCAGCGAAAAAGUUGUAGGAUUCUUCCGAUCAACGAGACCGGAAUUGGUAAUAAGGGAUCCCGAAAUUGCAAAACGGAUUCUCACUAUUGAUUUUCCCUUUUUUUAUCCACGAGGUCUGAAUCCACACAAGACUGUAAUAGAACCAUUAUUGCGUAAUCUCUUUUUCGCGGAUGGAGACUUGUGGAGACUGCUGCGACAACGGAUGACCCCAGCUUUUACCACUGCUAAACUAAAGGCUAUGUUCCCGUUGAUCAGUUCCCGAGCGGAACGACUUAGAGCAACCAUUACAGCUGCUGCCGAAGGUAAUAGCCGAGUACUAGACGCACGUGAUAUUAUGGCGCGUUAUACCACAGACCUCAUUGGUUCGAUAGGGUUUGGCCUCGACACGGACUCUUUUUCAACCGAAAAUUCAGCUUUCAGAAAAUUGGGAUAUGACAUUUUUAAUGUGACAGUUCCAGAAUUCAUAAUAGGUGUAUUAAAGGAGAUAUUCCCAGAAGCAACAAAACAUUUGCAUUACAUGUUCAAAACUGAGAAAGAAUUAAUAAAUCUUGUCAAUGAAAUUCAGAGACAGAGAAACUAUGAACCUUCGGGUCGUAACGAUUUCAUAGAUUUACUUUUGGAGUUGAAGAAAAAAGGAACUAUUGUAGGUGAGUCUAUAGAGAGGACAAAGCCAGAUGGUACGUCAGAGCAAGCCUCACUAGAGAUGGAUGCGGAGCUCAUUGCAGCUCAAGUGUUUGUGUUCUUCGCCGCCGGUUUUGAAACUUCGUCAUCAGCUACAAGUUUUACUUUGCAUCAACUUGCUUUCCAUCCGGAAGUCCAAAAAAAAGUUCAGAAUGAAAUUGACCAAGUGCUUACUCAACAUAAUAACGAACUUAGCUACGAUGCUGUAAAGGAGAUGAAGUAUUUGGAGUGGACAUUUUAUGAAGGAAUGAGAUUAUUUCCGUCGCUAGGGUUUCUCAUUCGAGAAAGUGCAAAAAAAUAUACAAUACCGGAAAUAAAUGUAACAAUUGACGAAGGUAUAGGGAUAAUAAUACCACUGCAGGCACUGCACAAUGACCCGCAAUAUUUUGAGAAACCUGAACAAUUCAGACCAGAGCGUUUCCACCCUGAUGAGUUUGAUUGUAAGGACAAGAAAUUCGUAUAUUUACCUUUUGGUGAGGGUCCACGAGCUUGCAUUGGUGCCCGCUUAGGUCUAAUGCAGUCAAUAGCGGGUUUAGCUGCAAUACUAUCACGAUUCACAGUGGAACCAGCGCCCACAACCUUACGAUUUCCAAUGAUUGAGCCAAAGUCUUCGAUCGUACAAAGCAUACGUGGUGGAUUACCGCUAAUAUUUCGGAAGAGAUAAUUUAUCUUAAGAUGUAUUGACAUCGUUAAAGGUAAUUGUUAUAACGCUUGUAACGACUAAAGAGAUCACAACAUUCGAAAUGUCAUUUGUAGCAAUGGAAUUGGCAGGUCUAAGGGAUAUCUAGCCGAAACAGAUGCGGUUUGUUUUUAAAGUAACAUUUAAUCCUUAAAGUCACGAUAAAGUAAAUUCAAGAGGGAUUAAAUCGUUAUACAAAACAGAUUUCAAGGUCGUAGUUGAUUAUUUUUAACAGAUUAACUAGGUACUUGUCUGCGCAGUAAAUUUGGUUGACCUUGGUGACUCAACGGCGAGCAACGUGGGUGCUAGAUAAAAAGGUUCCGGGUUCGAUUUCCAGAUCGGUUAUUUUUGAUUCCCAGGAACUCUUCCCUGGAGUAAUUUUGUUGCUUUAAUUCUUAUAUUUCAAGGAGUUUCCUGGUUUAAGGCUAGGUAGUUGGUGUGGUUGUCUGGUACUUUUUUCGCCACUAAUAAACAAUUUAGCACGUUGGAUUCAAUACCGUCGAUAAAUGAAAAACUAACUUAAGAAAAAUG